AUGGGAAAUCUGGUAUUGGGUUACAUAAUUUCAUUUUUCAGGGUUAUCAGAUUGUGUAAGACCGUAUUUAGCGAUCCAAAAUGGGGCCACAGAAUUCUUGAAAGAGUGUGGAAAAGCUGCUACUAUUUGGUGAUAUGUCGAAUACGAAGAGCUGCCCUAAGCGUGGAGCAGAAAAAUUGGACCGAAACGCUAAUUUCAAAUUUUGUAAAAGAAUUAUGUGUAUUCGCCAAUGACUUUCCACAUUUAUGUGCAGCAAUAUGCUUAUACAUCGGUGAUCUGCGUCGCUAUGCGUGGAUGAUCUAUGGUACGGAAAAAUACAGAAAUUUGGCACUGCUUUGUUAUCGCAAAUCGGCCAAAUUAGAUGAACAAAAUGGAAUUGCAUUGAAUCAACUUGGUCUCCUCGUUCAGGAAGCUAGUCCAACAUGUGCUUUAUUGUAUUUCUUACUAGCGGAUAAUGCGCUACAGCCUUUUGACGGCGCCUAUACAAAUGUUAUUAGUUUGUUAAAACAGCAAAAAGAACAGAAGAAGGAAGACUCUACAAUGUCCAUUCUUCACUAUUGUUUCACAUGUUUCAGUGUAAUGUCACUGUGGAAUCACUUGAGUUUCCGGAUAGUUUAUUUGGGUUCAUUUAGGCAGUCAUAUUUUGAAGAGCUUUCGACAAAGUGGUCGGAAUAUAUAAUAUCGCAGUUAGAAACUCGACAUGCAUUUCACGUUGCUUUGUCGAUUAAUAUUAUCGUUCUGGCAGCCACAACUUUGUUAAAAAGAGGGAAAGAAAUAGAAUUGCAAUAUCUUAGCAAGUUAUUUUUUCGAAUUUCGGAAGUUACGAUUCGGCACUUGGAAGAAUGGAGUGCGGCAGAAGCUGAAGCAACUGAUUUACGAAGACGUCGAGCUUCAUCUUCCGAUGAAAGUGCAGAAGAGGCUGAAAUAGAAGAGAGAAGAGAAAGACAUUGCUCGCGGUCCUCAUCAGCGGAAAAAGAUGUGGUUUCAGAGGAUGAUGAAACAGUAACGGAAACGGAGGAUCCAAAUCUGAGUACACGAAAUCAUGAAACACAACACAGAAUCCAGUCACUUCUUGUUGCUUUACUUCAUGCUGCAACUUCUUUAGCUCCUCAUGUGUAUAACGACAAAGUACCAUCGGCACUUCACUGUCCCAUUAAAUGGGCUCUAAUCAAUUUUUUAUCGCUAGAGAUUGUUACAUUUAUAUCUCGGACUGAUAAGCGAGAUAAAUGUGAUUACAUUGUGCUUGCCGGAUAUUAUGAACAAUAUGAAGAUUUCUGUCAGCAGUUAAUCCAGUUUUUGAAUCUCUUGGAGCUGCAUUUGGAGGGUAAGUCAGAGAACAUGUGGCAGCUCGGUGGCUUAACUCCAUGGUGUUUAUUGCCACGCUUUUUGCAAGCUUUCGUCCAAUCUCCGCAUACUCCCGUUGUAUUUGAUGAAUUUUUCAUAUAUACACCGAAGAAUUCGACGAAGGAAAAUAAAAUGAAAAACAUGGCGAAGUUGUGGUUGGCAUAUGAUACAGAAAAAGAACAGAUACGAACUUCCCUACCACUAUAUGUUGUUCCGCAAGAGGAUGUUUUAUUGCAGCGACUGGAAGUUAUGAAAAAAAUCCUGAAAAAAGAUAGACUGAUAGUGGCUAUAGCAGAGGGUACAUUUCGGAAUUUGGAUAUGAAAAAGGAUAAACCAGAGGUGCGAAAAGCAUUGCGUUGGAUCAAUGCGCAUAUAUCAAAAGAUAACGGUCGUCUGCGAAUCAUACCGAGUUCAACUCCAGAAAAAUGUGCGGAGAAGUUGUCGGCACAAGCACCGACCACAUCCACUGUAUUCGUUACAGUGCUCACAUUAUUUCGGGCUGAAGCUAAUUCAGUUAUCAAACUACCAUGUAAUACAACCUUUUUGUUACUGAACAGCAAUGGGCAUCAGCAGGAGGUGGAGGUUGUGGAAGAAGGGGAGGUGACGGUGAUGGAACAAUUUUGGGAUGUUGAAGGCGAUCGAUGA